UGGGGAAGAUAGAGCGAGUGUGUGAGACAGAUAGCGAGCGGCUGAAAAGAGGUUGGACUACUGUUCGGUGAACUAUUUUUUUCACGGAACUAGAAAAGACAUAGCUGGGCAUGAGGACAUUUGUCAUUUCUCGAAGACAUUUUAUUUGUUAGCUAGCCAGCAAGUUAUUACAAAGUCAAGCUCGUCCUCCCCUGGUGCCCAGGUGCCUUACUUCCUGCCAGCUCCACUGCCAACGUUGCCUUCCCAUCAUGCCAUUCCCUUUUGGGAAGUCUCAGAAGAGUCCGGCGGACAUGGUCAAGAGCCUGAAGGAGAAUGUGGCCUACUUGGAAAAGCUGGACGCCUCCGAGAGCAAGAAGUGUGAAAAGGUUGCGGAGGAGGUUUCGAAGAACCUGGCCUCCCUGAAGGAGGUGCUGUGUGGCACGAGUGAGAAGGAGCCGCAGACGGAGGCCGUGGUGCAGCUGGCCCAGGAGCUGUACAACACCAACCUGCUCAUCACUCUCAUCUCCAACCUGCAGAGGAUCGACUUUGAGGGGAAGAAGGAUGUGGUGCAGCUGUUCAGCAACAUCGUGCGUCGCCAGAUCGGCUCACGCACCCCCACGGUGGAGUACAUCUCCUCACACACACAGAUCCUGUUCAUGCUGCUCAAAGGGUACGAGAACGCGGAGGUGGCUCUGAACUGCGGGAUGAUGCUUCGGGAGUGUCUGAGGCACGAGCCCCUGGCCCGGAGCGUGCUCUUCUCCGAGGACUUCUACUGCUUCUUCCGCUACGUGGAGAUGUCCACCUUCGACAUCGCCUCCGACGCCUUCGCCUCCUUCAAGGAUCUGCUUACAAGGCACAAGAUCAUGUGUGCUGACUUCUUGGAGACAAAUUACGAAAGGGUGUUUACAGAAUAUGAGAAGCUCCUGCAUUCUGAAAAUUAUGUCACCAAGCGGCAGUCUUUGAAGCUCCUGGGCGAGCUGCUGUUGGACAGGCACAAUUUCACCGUCAUGACCAAGUACAUCAGCCGGGCUGAGAACCUGAAGCUGAUGAUGAACCUGCUGAAGGACAACAGCCGCAACAUCCAGUUCGAGGCCUUCCAUGUCUUUAAGGUGUUCGUGGCGAACCCCAACAAGACGCAGCCCGUGCUGGACAUCCUGCUGAAGAACCAGGCCAAGCUGGUGGAGUUCCUGAGUCACUUCCAGACCGACCGGGCCGAGGACGAGCAGUUCUGCGACGAGAAGAACUACCUCAUCAAGCAAAUCCGGGACCUAAAGAAGCCCACCGCGCAGGGAGAGGCCUAGGGCGGGGGGGAGGGAGGAAGACAGACAGGCGA